UCCAAUCCGAAAACUGAAAAGUAACCCUUUCUCUUUCUUUAAACGGAUUUGGCGCGCCGUCUCCGCCCUCCGAAAGCAGCAGCAGCCAGAAUGCGAGAUUCACCAGAUAUUUUGGUGCACAGGAUGAAUGACGCUGAAAAUAAAGGCAUCAAGAUUUCUGCAACACUUAAUGUCGGAGAGGAUAACAAGUUUGAUUUCGUACGUACCUUAUAUGAAGGUGCUAUAGCUGGAGGUGCUGCUGGUCUUGUUGCAGAAGCUGCUCUAUAUCCGAUUGAUACAAUAAAAACUCGUUUACAGGCUGUUCAUGGCGGAGGAAAGAUUGUACUGAAGGGACUUUAUUCUGGAUUGGCUGCAAACCUCGUUGGGAUGUUACCUGCCUCUGCCAUAUUUGUUGGUGUAUAUGAACCUACCAAGCAGAAAUUGCUCAAUUCAUUCCCCGAAAACCUCAAUGCUUUCGCUCAUUUGACUGCAGGUGUCAUAGGAGGCGUGGCUUCUUCCCUCAUCCGUGUGCCAACAGAGGUAGUUAAGCAAAGGAUGCAGACUAGCCACUUUGCUUCUGCGUCGAGUGCUGUCCACAUUAUUGUUUCAAGGGAAGGUUUUAGAGGUCUUUAUGCGGGAUAUGGAUCUUUCUUACUGCGAGAUUUGCCAUUUGAUGCCAUUCAGUUCUGCAUUUACGAACAACUUAGGAUAGGGUACAAGCUAGCGGCGCAAAGAGAUCCAGAUGAUCCUGAGAAUGCUAUAAUCGGAGCUUUUGCUGGUGCUAUUACUGGUGCUGUAACCACUCCUCUUGACGUGAUCAAAACCAGAUUAAUGGUUCAGGGAUCGAAAAGCCAAUAUCAAGGUAUUCGUGAUUGUUGUAGGACCAUAAUGAAGGAAGAAGGACCACGUGCCUUUCUCAAGGGCAUAGGGCCAAGGGUACUGUGGAUAGGGUUAGGAGGCGCUAUAUUUUUUGGUGUCCUUGAAAAAACAAAGCAGAUGCUUGCUGCUAAGAGGCAUCCGCCAUCUGAGAGACCUAUCGAACCACAAUGACACAGGUCAUCGUUUUAAUGGUUCACCUUUCAUUUAGUCUUUAAAUUUUAAGCAUGAUGCAACUUCCUGGUUUUAAUUUGUCUGCCUGCCAUAAUUUCGAUCGUCUGCUCCGGAACAUAGGCAGAAGAUAUCUCUAAAAACUUUUACUUAUUCUUCCUUCUGUUGGUUAAAUAUGAUAGAGAGUAGAGACAAAGCAUAGUUUCAUUUUAAUACUAGAACUGGUUAAUUUCAGUGCUAGUUUUUCCGAUUGCUUGCUACUGCUACUUAGAUUGUAGAAUAUAGAAGCUACCAGGUCUGGAAUUGUGGUAUACGCUGACUAGUCUUAUUUUAUCUGAUUCAAAAUCUGAAUUCAAGAAAA